AUGACAAUGUCAUCACUUAACCCAAAAGACGUCAAUCGCAUAGCCGAAUUCCUCGCGCACGAACAAAUCCCAGCAACCCAGCCACCCGCCAAUUCGGACUGCAUCGUGGUUUGCGUCUCCGCCGUUCUGGAGCCGGCGGAAACAGUCUUUAGACACCUGCAGCGCAACCCUCAUCCAACCAAGACACUGGUGCUCUGUGGUGGGAUCGGACAUUCUACGCCUCACCUUUAUGAGGCCGUGUCUAAGCAUCCAAAAUACGCACACCUAACCUCAGAAAUCCAGGGGAAAGCGGAAGCUUACGUUUUGUAUACAAUCUUCAACACGUGUUUCGAUGCAGCCUCCAUCCAAAAGUCCGGAUGCAAGGUUCUGAUUGAAGAUAAGUCCACGAAUUGCGGACAGAAUGCCUCGGAAACCAGGGCCUUAUUGGAAAGGAACGGUAUCCCGGAGCCUAUUUCAAUGAUUAUUGUUCAGGAUCCGACCAUGGCUCGGAGGACGGUUGCCUCAUUUGACAAGGCGUACGGGCCGGCUGCUCCCAAGCUACACAGUUGGCCGAUAAUUAUACCGAGAGUUAAGCUGCAGGGGACAGAGCUGAUGUACGACGUGCAAGGGGUCACGGCUGAUGGACUGUGGAGCAUGCCACGCUUUCUGGGUCUCCUGAUGGGAGAGAUCCCGCGGUUGAGGGAUGACGAGAAUGGAUACGGGCCUAAUGGGAAAGGAUUUAUUGGACAUGUUGAUAUCCCCGAGGAAGUUGAGCGGGCGUUUCAAGCGUUAGAAAGGGGUUUAGGAACAGAGUCGGCGAAGAGGUAG